AUGAACAAGUUUCUGGGAGCCUGGGUGGCCCUUUUGGUGCUAACAGCUCGGCAGAGAGCUCACACCAUGGCACGUCUGUAUCCAUUCUGGCAGAAUGACACAAAGACACCCAAAGUUGAUGAUGGAAGCUCUCCUGAAAUCAGGAUCUCUGUCCCCUUCAUCUUUUUUGGAGCCCCAUACAGAAGCAUUUAUGUCAACAACAACGGUGUGAUCUCCUUCAAUGCCCUCGUGAGCCAGUUCACACCAGAGGCCUUUCCCCUGACGGAUGGCAGAGCCUUCGUGGCGCCGUUCUGGGCGGACGUGCACAACGGCAUCCGCGGGGAGAUCUACUACCGCGAGAGCACGGACCCCGAGCUGCUCAGGAGAGCCUCCAAGGACAUCCGUAAGCACUUCAAGGACAUGGCCUCCUUCUCUGCCAUCUGGAUCUUCAUUGUCACCUGGGAGGAGGUCACUUUCUACGGGGGAAGCAGCACGACUCCGGUGAACACUUUCCAGGCUGUCCUGAUCACAGAUGGAGUGUCAUCUUUUGCCUUAUUUAAUUACCAUGAAAUCAACUGGACCACAGGGACAGCCAGUGGAGGAGAUCCCCUAACUGGUCUCGGUGGGGUGAUGGCCCAGGCUGGAUUCAAUGGUGGAAAUCUCACCAACUACUUCAGCAUGCCAGGCUCCAGGACCCCAGACAUAGUCAAUAUUGAAGAAACAACCAAUGUUAACCUCCCUGGGCGCUGGGCUUUCAAAAUAGAUGGCAAAGAAAUAGAUCCUGCCAAUGGCUGCAGCCUGAGAGGACAGUUUCUCCGUCAAGGGGAGAUCUUUUGGGACAACGUCAACUGCACCACCAAAUGUCGCUGCCUGGACUUCAACAAUGAGAUCCUCUGCCAGGAGAUGGCUUGUGGCCCCUUUGAAGCGUGUGAGCCGAAGACCAAGUUCUUCCAGUGCGUGCCGGUGGAGAGCAGCACCUGCGUGGUGUUUGGAGAUCCUCAUUACCACACCUUCGACGGCUUCCUCUUUCACUUCCAGGGUUCCUGCUCCUACCUCCUCGCCAGGCAGUGCUGGCCAGGCUCCCAGCUGCCCUACUUCAACGUGGAGGCCAAGAAUGAGAACCGAGGCGGCUCCUCCGUCUCCUGGCUGAGGGAUAUUUUUGUGGAGGUCUACUCGCACAAGAUUGUUCUCCCCAAGGGCAGCUAUGGGAAGGCAAAGGUGGAUGACCUGGUGGUGUCCCUGCCCAUCUCUCUGGAUCUGGGUGCAGUCAAAGUCUACCAAAGCGGCUUGUCCACCGCGCUGGAAACUGACUUUGGCCUGAUGGUGACCUAUGAUGGACAACACUAUGCCUCCGUCUCCGUUCCGGGCUCGUACAUCAACGCCACGUGUGGGCUGUGUGGAAACUACAACAAGGACCCCGAGGAUGAUAUCCUGCGCUCGGAUGGGAGGUUGGCCAUGACUGUGCCAGAGCUGGGUGAGAGCUGGCAAGUGCCACAUCCUGAGAGGAGAUGCUCCACCGGCUGCUUGGAAAACUGCAGCCUCUGCGACGCCGCCACCGAGUCUCUCUACUUCACCUCUGAGUACUGUGGGUUCAUCAACAAGACUGGUGGGCCUCUGUGGGAGUGUGGUGCUGUGGUGGACCCCACUGCCUUCGUCCACAGCUGUGUCUACGACCUCUGCAGCGCGUGGGACAACGGCACUGGACUCUGCCAGGCCAUCCAGGCGUACGCCGCGGUGUGCCAGGCCCUGGGCAUCUCGGUGGGAGAGUGGCGGACCCAGACGGGAUGUGCAACAGCCGUGCAGUGCCCAGAGCUCAGCCACUACUCAGUGUGUGCCAGCAGCUGCCCUGCCACGUGUUCAGACCUCACAGCCCCCCUGGCCUGCACCUCCCCGUGCACCGAGGGCUGCGAGUGCAACGAGGGCCACGUGCUCAGCACGGAUCGCUGCGUCCCCGUGCAGAAAUGUGGCUGGGACGUCAACGGGCGCUACUAUGCCAUCGGGGAGUCCUUCUGGGCAGCAGCAGACUGCACGGUGGAGUGCCAGUGUGAGGAUGGUGGGGAGGCCAAGUGCUUCAACACCACCUGUCCUGAGGGAGAGGUCUGCACCAUCGAGAACGGCUACCGCGGCUGCUACCCGAAGCGGGACACGGUGUGUUUGGUGGGGCAGAACCAGGUGCUGCAGACGUUUGAUGGCAUCACCUUCCCCUAUCCGUUGGAGCAUUCCUACACUCUGCUCAAAACCUGCCCAGAGAGACCAGAAUUCAUCGAGGUGGACAUCAGCCAGAAGAAACCCGGAUCGCCUCCCAACGGGCCGCGCGUCGUGCGGAUCCAGGCAGCUGGCAGAGAGGUGAAGAUUUCAGGCACCAGCCUGUCAGAGAUAAAGGUGAACGGUUACGACACGCGGCUGCCCUAUUUCCACCCCUCUGGACGCCUGGAGGUCUAUCGUAGUGACAACAGCACUGUGCUGGAGUCUGAGGGGCUCCUGGUUAUCAGCUACUACGACUCAGGCCUGCUGGAGAUUCGCCUCUCCACCGCCUACUUCAACUGCACCGGAGGCCUCUGCGGCCUCUUCAGUGGCAACACCAGCGAUGAAUUCCUCCUGCCCAAGGGCAAGUUCACAGACAACCUGGAGCUCUUCCUGGAGAGCUGGACCACGUUCGAUGAGAUCUGCAAUGGGGAGUGUGGGGACCUCCUCAUGGCUUGCAACAACGACUCGGAGCUUCUCAAGACCUACAGGAGCCGCUCCAACUGCGGCAUCAUCAACGACCCCACCAACAGCUCCUUCCUGGAGUGUCACAGCGUGGUCAAUGUCUCAGCCUACUACAGGACGUGCCUGUUCCGACUGUGCCAGAGUGGGGGCAACGUGUCAGAGCUGUGUGACUCCGUGGCGCGUUAUGCCACUGCCUGCAAGAACGCCGACGUGGACAUCGGCCAGUGGAGGAGCCACAGCUUCUGCCCUCUUGCCUGCCCGGAGAACAGUCAUUUUGAGGAAUGUAUGAGCUGUGUGGAGACCUGUGAGACCUUGGCCUCGGGCCCUGUCUGCACGGACACGUGCUCAGAGGGCUGUCAGUGCGACGAGGGCUUCGCCCUGCGCGGCACGCGCUGCAUCCCUCGCCGCGAGUGCGGCUGCAACUUCGAGGGGCGCCAGUUGGCCACCAACCAAACCUUCUGGAUGGACAUCUCCUGCCACUUCCUCUGCUACUGCAACGGCUCUGACAACAGCGUGUACUGCGAGAACGUCUCCUGCAAGGACGACGAGUACUGCCUGGAGGAGAACGGACUCUACUACUGCCACGUCCGCACCGACGCCUCCUGCAUCAUCUCUGGCUACGGGCACUACCUGACUUUUGACGGUUACUCUUUUGACUUUCAGAGCAGCUGUGAGUUGGUCCUGUGCACCACAAUCACUCGGCCAUUGGUGGAGCGCUCGGACACGUUCCCGGCGUUCACCGUCACGGCCAAGAACGAGGAUCGGGACACCUCUCUGGCUCUGUGGGUCAAACAGGUCGAGGUGGAGGUCUUUAAUUACCACAUUGUCAUCCAGCGUGCCUACAAAUACACCGUGAUGAUCAACGAUGAACGGCUCUACCUGCCCCUGAAGCUGGGCCAAGGCAAAGUGAACAUCUUUGCCUUUGGUUUCCACAUCGUGGUCGAAACAGACUUUGGGCUGAAGGUUGUGUAUGACUGGAAGACCUUCCUGUCAGUCACUGUCCCACGUGCCUUCCAGAACCUCACCUAUGGCCUCUGUGGCCGCUACAAUGGCAACCCUGAGGAUGACCUGGUGGCUGCAAGUGGUGCCCAGGCCACCAGCAUUGCUGAGUUUGUCCAGAGCUGGGCCAAGAGGGAUGCAUUCUGCCGUGUUGGCUGCGGCGACCGCUGCCCUGCCUGUGGGAAGGUGGAAGGAUUCUGGAAACCCCAGCAGCUCUGCAGCCUCAUCCCGAGCCAAAGUGGUGUGUUUGCCAAGUGCCACAGCAAGAUCAACCCUGGCUUCUUCUACAAGAACUGCCUCUUUGACACCUGUGUGGACGGGGGAGCCAUGCAAACAGCCUGCAGCUGGCUGCAGAAUUACGCCAGCACGUGCCAAACGCAGGGGAUUGCCAUUACUAGCUGGAGGAACUUCACCUCCUGCUCUGUCAGCUGUCCCCCCAACAGCCACUAUGAGAGUUGUGUGUCCCUGUGCCAGCCCCGGUGCGCUGCCAUCCGGCUCAAGAGUGACUGCAGCCACUACUGCGUGGAGGGAUGUCAGUGUGACCCUGGCUACGUCCUCAACGGCAAGAGCUGCAUCCUGCCCCACAACUGUGGCUGCUACUCGGAUGGAAAAUACUAUGAGCCCAAGCAGCUCUUCUGGAACGGGGACUGCACCCGCCGCUGCCGCUGCUUCCGACGCAACCUGAUCCAGUGCGACCCGCGGCACUGCAAGUCGGACGAGGAAUGUGCCCUGCGCAACGGCAUGCGCGGCUGCUUCAGCACCAGGAGCUCCUUCUGCCUGGCCGCGGGCGGCGGCGUCUUCCGCACCUUCGACGGCGCCUUCCUGCGCUUCCCGGCCAACUGCGCCUUCGUCCUCUCCACCAUCUGCCAGAAGCUGCCUGACUUCUCCUUCCAGCUCAUCAUCAACUUCGACAAGUGGUCCUCGCCCAACCUCACCAUCAUCUCCCCUGUGUACUUCUACAUCAAUGAGGAGCAGAUCCUCAUCAGUGACAGGAAUACUGUCAAGGUGAACGGCAGCCACGUGAGCAUCCCCUUCGUCACGGGGCUCUCCACAAAGAUCUUCAGCCAAGAGGGUUUCCUGGUCAUCGACUCCAGCCCUGACAUCCAGAUCCGCUACAACGGCUUCAACGUCAUCAAAAUCCCCCUCGGGGAGCGGCUGCAGAACAAGGUGUGCGGCCUCUGCGGCAACUUCAACGGCGACAUGACGGACGACUACGCCACGCUGCGGGGCAAGCCGGCGGUCAGCAGCGUGGUGCUGGCCCAGAGCUGGAAAACCAACGGCAUGCAGAAGAGCUGCAACGAGCUGCAGUACUCGCAGUACGCCGCGUCCUGCGACAACGUCCAGAUCCAGGAGCUGCAGAGCGACAACUACUGCCUGAAGCUGACGGAUAUGAAAGGAUUCUUCCAGCCCUGCUACGGUCUGCUGGACCCAGUGCCUUUUUAUGAGUCCUGCUUUCUGGAUGGUUGCUACAACCACAAGAAGCUGGGCACCGAGUGGAUUGAGAAGGAGAAUUGCUCAGGAGUGGUGGAAGAUCCCUGCGUGGGUGCCGACUGCCCCAACCGCACCUGUGAGCUGGACAACGGUGGGGAACUGUGUGGCUGCAUCGAGCCCCCACCCUAUGGGAACACCACGCACGACAUCAUUGACGCCGAGGUGACCUGCAAAGCUGCCCAAAUGGAGGUGUCCAUUUCCAAGUGCAAGCUGUUCCAGCUGGGCUUUGAGCGUGAGGGCGUGCGGGUCAAUGACCGACACUGCCCUGGCAUUGAGGGGGAGGACUUCAUCUCCUUCCAGAUCAACAACACCAAAGGCAACUGUGGCAACCUGGUGCAGUCCAACAGCACACACAUAGUGUACAAGAACACAGUGUGGAUUGAGAGUGCCAACAACACAGGCAACAUCAUCACCCGGGACCGGACCAUCAAUGUGGAGUUUUCCUGUGCCUAUGAGCUGGACAUCAAGAUCUCCCUGGACUCAGUUGUGAGACCAAUGCUCAGCGUGAUUAACCUGACGGUGCCGACGCAGGAAGGGAGCUUCACCACCAAGAUGGCCUUGUACAAGAACUCCUCCUACAAACACCCUUACAGGCAGGGUGAGGUGGUGCUCACCACUAGGGACGUGCUCUACGUGGGGGUCUUUGUCGUGGGGGCUGAUUCCAACCAUCUGAUCCUGAUGCUGAACAAGUGCUAUGCAACUCCUUCACGGGACAGCAACGACAAACUGCGCUACUUCAUCAUCGAGGGAGGGUGCCAAAACAUGAAGGACAACACCAUUGGCAUAGAGGAGAACGGGGUGUCGUUGACGUGUCGCUUCCACGUCACCGUGUUCAAGUUCAUCGGGGACUAUGAUGAGGUUCACCUCCACUGCGCUGUCUCACUCUGUGAUUCAGAGAAAUACUCCUGCAAAAUAAACUGCCCUCAGCACACGAGGAUGGCCAGCGCCUUCGCCGAGGAGUCCAAGGAGCAGAUCCUCUCAGUGGGGCCCAUCAGGAGGAAGAGAUCCGACUGGUGCGAGGACAACGGGGGCUGUGAGCAGAUCUGCACGAGCCGGGCGGACGGACCUCUGUGCAGCUGUGUGACAGGGACACUGCAGGGGGAUGGCAAGAGCUGCAGAGCCUCCAGCUCUUCAGGGGAGCGCCGUGCCCGAGUGACCCUCCUGCUGGCAGCACAGCUGUGGCUGUGUGCAGCUCUGCGGGACCUGACCUCGUAG